AGUGAGCUGUCUUCGGCUUCUUUAUACGUGUCGCACUACGUACUUUCACAUUCGUUUUGUUAUUUUUGCUCUAACCACAGUGCUACUACGCCACAAAAACAAAUAAAAUGGCUCCACCACAGAGAAUGCGCGUUGCCAAUGAAAAGGCCAGCAAAUAUGUGACAAUGCGUGGCAAUGUACCCAAAUCCUCGAAAACGAAAGAAGGCCAAUACCCAGUUGGACCCUGGCUUUUGGCACUAUUUAUCUUUGUUGUGUGCGGAUCAGCUAUUUUCCAAAUCAUCCAGUCCAUUCGGGCUGCGUAAACCUGAACAGAUACAAAUACAAAAUUUAAUAAAAUAACGCUAAGCUGAGCACACAAACAAACGACAAACACACACACACAACUGCUCCGACGUCUUCUCUCAAAAACCCUUUAGUUACAACUAUCCCGACAAUUAUGUGCAACGUUUGUAGAGAUAAAGCUCGAACGACAACUUGGCUUUUUAGUUAACAGAAUUUUUAAUGAACGAUGUAUAUCUAUGUACAUGCAAAAUUUAAGUCCAUAUUUUGUAUUCUUUAUUAAUAAUUAAGCUUAAACCCCGAAUUCUAUGUAAAAGCAUUCCCGCACAUCUACAAAUACUUAUACAUAUGCUGAUUGUGCUAAAAUAGAAUGCACAAGCUGUAAAAACAUUAUUUUAAAAUGCUUUUGCGGCGAAUUUAAUAGUUCAAGUUUAAAUGUUGUUUUCGGCAACGAGGACGAUUAGAAAAAAAUAACUAUGAGUACAUACAAUGAUGAAUAUAUGAUAAUUUUUUACCUAAAACA